AGCAGGGAGGGGACACACAGUCAGACAAGGAGGAGGGACAGCAAGGCAAGAAGACAAACAGCACUGACGAUACCGAGCGGUACCGUCGUGACAGCGUCUGUCAACAGCGCGGACACACCCGGGGUCAGCGUUUUCAUCCCAUGUAUUUUUAGAAACAGCAGCCCGUCGUCACCAUGACAGCGGAAGAAACCAUAAAUGUGAAGGAGGUGGAGAUGAUCAAGGUGAUCCUGGACUUUCUCAACUCCAGGAAGUUGCACAUCAGCAUGCUGGCUCUGGAGAAGGAGAGUGGUGUCAUCAAUGGGCUCUACUCAGACGACAUGCUCUUCCUCAGGCAACUGGUGCUCGAUGGCCAGUGGGAUGAGGUCUUGCAGUUCAUUCAGCCAUUGGAGUGCAUGGAUAAGUUUGACAGAAAAAGGUUUCGCUACAUCAUCCUCAAACAGAAGUUUCUGGAGGCUCUGUGUGUGAAUAACGCCAUGUCUGCAGAAGAUGAGCCACAGCAUUUGGAGUUCACCAUGCAGGAAGCAGUCAAGUGUCUCCAUGCCCUGGAGGAGUUCUGCCCCUCUAAAGAUGACUACAGCAAACUGUGUCUGCUCCUCACGUUGCCUCGCCUCACAAACCAUGCAGAGUUCAAGGAUUGGAACCCGAGUACAGCCAGGGUGCAGUGUUUUGAGGAGGCGUGCACCAUGGUGGCGGAGUUCAUCCCUGCAGACAGGAAACUGAGUGAAGCAGGAUUCAAGGCCAGUAGGGAUCGACUCUUCCAGCUGCUCCUCAAAGGAGUCCUCUAUGAGUGCUGUGUGGAGUUCUGCCAGAGCAAGGCGACAGGUGAGGAAAUCACAGAGAGUGAGGUUCUCCUUGGUGUUGACAUGCUGUGCGGUAACGGAUGUGACGACCUGGACCUGUCCCUGCUCUCCUGGAUGCAGAACCUCUCCCAGACCGUCUUCUCCUGUGCCUUCGAACAGAAGCAGCUCAACAUCCACGUGGACCGCUUGGUCAAGCCCGCAAAGACCGGCUACGCUGACCUCCUCACCCCGCUCAUCAGCAAACUGUCUCCUUACCCCUCCUCCCCACUACGCCGCCCCCAGUCUGCUGAUACCUACAUGUCGCGCUCCUUGAACCCAGCGUUGGACGGGUUGUCUUACGGGCUGUCCGGCCAGGAUAAGAGAGCUAGUGGUGGGGAGGUAGUGCCUGGUAAAGGGGUCUCUCCCAUGUCCCACUCCUUUGCCAACUUCCAUUACCCCGGAGCAGGAGGGCAGAGCCUGAGCAGGAGUCUCAUGAUGGAGAGCUCUGACUGCCACAGCAUCUUUGAGGAAUCCCCUGAAACGUCAAGGACAGACACACCUGUGGAUAAGAUGAUGAGUUCAGGUGGAGCUCAGAACCUGCGUCCUGCCUCAGCUCCAGGUGAGGAUGCACCAUCAGCUGGCCCUGCUGACAAGAAUGAGCUUCGCGACUCAACAGAGAAGUAUGAGGAGUUCUAUCGGCAGCGUCUCCGUGUGCAGCAGCACCUGGAGCAGAAGCAGCAGCAGAGGCAAAUGUACCAGCAGAUGCUACUGGAGGGAGGGGUCCAGCAGGAGCCCCCGCCCAGCGAAAUGCAGCAUAGCCUCACAGAGAAGUUCCUCAACAGGUCCAUCCAGAAGCUGGAGGAGCUCAAUGUGGGGAUGGAGGAUUUAGGGGAGGAGGUGAAGUCUCUGGCCCAGCAAUGUAAUGGCAACGGGAAUACGCCCUCCGCUGAGGACAAUAACAAUCCUCCAUCUGUGACCCCAGACCAGACCCGGACCCGAGGGGGAGGGGUGCUCAGCAGCACCCCACAACACACCACAGGGGGCCACACAGUCCUACCUCCAGAUGAGUCCCCGGUCAAAUCCCAGAGUGAGCAGAAACACAAAGGAGGUCAACAAGAUGACUCACCAGGUUCCUUAUCCCGAAGUAAAGAGGGUGACAAGCCAAAAAACCUGUUUGUGCCAGUGCAUACUCUGGAGGACACUCAGGCCGUUCGAGCUGUUGCCUUUCACCCGUCUGGAGCGCUCUAUGCUGUGGGGUCCAACUCCAAAACUCUACGUGUCUGUGCUUAUCCUGAAACAUUAGACCCAAGUGGUUCAAGUCCAAUCAAGCAGCCGGUCGUUCGCUUCAAGAGGAACAAACACCACAAAGGGUCCAUAUACUGUGUGGCCUGGAGCCACUGUGGGCAGCUGCUGGCGACAGGCUCCAAUGACAAAUAUGUCAAAGUCCUACCUUUUAGUGCAGAGACAUGCAAUGCCACAGGCCCAGACCUUGAGUUCAGCAUGCAUGAUGGCACCAUCAGAGACCUGGCCUUCAUGGAGGGUCCAGAAAGUGGAGGAGCAAUCUUGAUCAGCGCCGGAGCUGGAGACUGUAACAUAUACACCACCGACUGUCAGAGAGGGCAGGGUCUGCACGCCCUCAGCGGACACACAGGUCACAUUCUGUCACUGUAUACAUGGGGAGGCUGGAUGAUCGCCUCUGGUUCUCAAGACAAGACGGUGCGUUUCUGGGACCUCAGGGUGCCCAGCUGUGUCCGAGUAGUGGGAACUGCUUUCCAUGGCUCAGGCAGUCCUGUUGCCUCGGUAGCGGUCGAUCCUAGUGGCCGUCUGUUAGCGACAGGCCAGGAAGACAGUGCGUGCAUGCUGUACGACAUCAGAGGAGGGCGAAUCGUCCAGGUGUACCGGCCGCACACCAGUGAUGUGCGAUCCGUCAGGUUCUCCCCUGGAGCACACUACCUGCUCACUGGUUCUUACGACACAAAGGUCAUGGUCACCAACCUCCAAGGGGACCUGACCAAGCAGUUGCCUCAGACCGUGGUGGGAGAGCACGGCGACAAGGUGAUUCAGUGUCGAUGGCACACACAAGACCUGUCCUUCCUCUCAUCCUCUGCUGACCGCACUGUCACACUCUGGACACACAACCCAUAGCACAUGCACGCACAGACAACCAGUCGCUAUAAUCUAAAACACACACACAUUCCUCUUAAACAACACUGCUCCUGAGUGCAUCAACACUGUAACACCCUGAAACAAACACACACACAUACAGGUGAAUGAGCCUUUCACUCCUGUCUGUAAGAAACCAAAUGGAUACAAACCUGUGACACGUCAAAAGCACACGUUGCAUGUCCCCCUUUUAUCUUUACAUCUGUCACAUAGCAUUUGUCAAGCUGAUUGUUGUCAUCUUCAGUGGUAAAACAGCAGUUUCUCAUUUCAUCCCUUCAUGUGGUGUCAUCCUACAUCUUCACUCCAUACACUCACACACCCGUCAGUUGCUGCAUGACCCUUUCACUGAGGAGUUGUUGAGGUUUGACAGGACAGAGUGCUUUGUUCAUGAUGGUGCCUUCCUUCAGUUCUCAGUUUCCAUAACUAAGAUGUACAAAAAAAAGGGUCAUUUUUCAAGAUCAAAUUUUGUUAAGUCAUUUUGAGAAGUCCUACAUUCCUUUUGCAUAUCAUUUUCUUACAGCUGGUGUUAUGCUGCUAUUUUUUGUUUGAGAAAACCAGAGCUGAAUUUAUGGUGUGAAAUUUAAAUUUUAAAUGUGUCAGUAGUGAGCAUUUUCCAUCAGGAGGCUCAAUCUGUGGAAGUGAUACGAUCUGUUCAUCAGUCAGCUGUUGCUUCCCUGUGGGAUGUGCUGAUGUGUAAUGUAACUGUAUCCACUGCAUUACUUCAACUCAAAAAUGUGUAACUUUAGCUUGUGUAUUUGUUUUAAAUUUGAAAUCAGUGUUUUUGCGCUGAAGCUGUUAGUGUCUUGCAAUGGCUUGCUUGCAAUGGAAGAUUUUUAAUUAUGUCCGCCUCAAAGGGAAAUACAGAGUGUAAAGUGUGUGGUUGAGUGCCCUAGCAUUCUGUUUAGGAUUUUUCAGUGUUCAAAAGCUUUGGUUUGUCUACUGCUGUAAUAACAUAACAACAGUAGGUGGCAGUCUUUUCCCAUAACAAGGGUGUAACCAUAUGCACAAAGAAAUCUAAGUGGGUUUUUAUUUAGAGCCAGUAUUUUGGGCAUAUGAAUUGUAUUAUUUUCUUUAAUUUUACAUGCGCACUUUGUCCUUUACCAUUGUCUUCUAAUAUUGAUUUACUUAUAAAGAUGCAUAUUUAAGUUUUUAUGUUAAUGUAUAGUAUAUAUUGUUUUAACAAAUAAGGCCAAACUAAUACGUACAUAGAUGUAUUUAUUUCAGUUGUGUUUAUGUAUGUACAGGUAUUAGUAUGUUUUUGAAAUGCUAGUGGCUCUUGUAUUAAGCCUUUCUAAUUCUUGUUUUUAAAAGUGACUUAAAUUAAUUCAAGCUAACUCAUUUUGACUGCUGGUACGUUCAAUAAAGUGUCUUUUACACAA